UCAUUGAAACAGGCAGCAACACAUAUGACUGUGAGACCAGCAUGGCGUGGCAACACUUCUUAAUUGCCUCAGGAUUCAACAGACUGUUACCAACACGGUUUAGAAACACGACAAAACUUGAGCAUAAACUAAAUCAUUUUAUGCGCCGUGCUCUUAUUCUGCCCGCCCCCUUGCAGGCAAGCACAAUUCAUUUCCCUGACGUUCUCCAAUUCUCUCUGGUUUGGUGUCUCCUCGAUAUCCCAGACAUUGACACAGCGAUAAUACCUCCUUGCAUGUACCGCCACUUAUUUGAGCACACCAAGCAGCAAGCUGUACUAAGGUAUGGAGCUACCUCUACGACAACGCAUGUUGAAGCAUACACUUUCAAAGAUGAGUUCACCCAUUUCAUGGUGGAAAAUGAUAUCCCCUCUGGCACGCACAUGCUGCUCCGCCACACCGGAAAUUUCAUGUUUGAUAUCC